CUCCCCUCUCCGCUCAUGCGGGACUCCCAAGGAGAGCCAACUCUGCGCACUUUGCCCCUGUUGGCUGCGAAUAAAAGAGGCGUGAGGAAAUACGGGGCACAGUCACCCCGCUGCUAGCUCUAGCCUUUAAAUCCCCAGGCUUGGCAGAUCCACGCACAGUGGGUCGGGUCCGGACAUCGAUCCAGCGCGCACGAACCUAGAAGGAUUCGGAGCGCAACGCCGCCUAUCGCCGCGCAAAGGCGGGCGCAGCCAUCUAAGUCUCCGCUGUCCCGAACUCCGCUCCGCAGCCUCAGCCCUAGGGAAGUGAGCCCAGCAUUAGAGUCCAAAUGCCGGCCCACUUGCUGCAAGAUGAGAUCUCUAGCUCUUACACAACCACCACCACCAUCACUGAGCCUCCCUCCAGGAUCCUGCAGAAUGGAGAAGGCAAGCUGGAGAAGAAUCCCCUGUAUCCGGAUGACGUCCGUCCUGAAAUGAAAGAUGACAUCUAUGACCCAAGCUACAAGGAUAAGGAGGGCCCGAGGCCCAAGCAUGAGUAUGUUUGGAGGAACAUCAUCCUUAUGUUUCUGCUACACGUGGGAGCUCUGUAUGGGAUCACAUUGAUCCCCACGUGCAAGGUCUACACCUGGCUCUGGGGGUUUCUCUACUAUAUGGUCAGUGCCCUGGGCAUAACAGCGGGAGCCCAUCGCCUGUGGAGUCACCGGAGUUAUAAAGCUCGGCUGCCCCUGCGGCUCUUCCUGAUCAUCGCCAACACGAUGGCAUUCCAGAAUGAUGCUUAUGAAUGGGCCCGAGAUCACCGUGUUCACCACAAGUUUUCAGAAACGGAUGCUGAUCCCCACAAUGCCCGACGUGGCUUUUUCUUCUCUCAUGUCGGUUGGCUGCUUGUGCGCAAACACCCAGCUGUUAAAGAGAAGGGUGGUUUGCUAGACUUGUCUGACCUAAAAGCUGAGAAGCUGGUCAUGUUCCAGAGGAGGCAUUACAAGACCGCUGUCCUGGUGCUGUGUUUCAUCCUGCCCACACUCGUGCCCUGGUAUUUCUGGGGUGAAACUUUCCAACACAGCUUAUAUGUUGCCACUUUGUUGCGAUACACCCUUGUGCUCAAUGCCACCUGGCUGGUGAAUAGUGCUGCCCACCUCUACGGAUAUCGCCCUUAUGACAAGAACAUUAACCCCCGAGAGAACAUUCUGGUUUCACUGGGAGCUGUGGGUGAGGGCUUCCACAAUUACCAUCACACCUUUCCCUAUGACUACUCCACCAGUGAGUACCGCUGGCAUGUCAACUUUACCACAUUCUUCAUCGAUUGCAUGGCUGCCCUUGGUCUGGCUUAUGACCGGAAGAGAGUCUCCAAGGAGGCCAUCUUGGCUAGGGUUAAAAGAACUGGGGAUGGAAGCCACAAGAGUGGCUGAGUUUGGAGCCCUUGGGUUCCUUUUCCAAAAGCCAGCCAGGCAGAGGUUUAAUGUUCUGUUUAUUAACUACUGAAUAAUGCUACCAGGAUGCUAAAGAUGAUGAAGUUAACCCAUUCCAAUACAGUAUUUUUUUAAAAUUCAAAAGUGUUGAAAGCCAACAACUCUGCCUUCAUGAUGCUGAGCUGAUAUUUUUCUUUCUUCUCUUCCCUGUCUUCUAGACACCAUCGUUCUUUGCUUUCUUCCUGUCACCUUCCUUUCCCUUCCCUCACACUGCCUCCCAGACAAGCAGCUGGUGAGGCAUUGGUGAGUGUCCAGCUUCCAAAGUCUAGACAACCUUUCUGUCAUCCAAAACUAGUGGUUUUGCCCCAGAUAACUCUUUCCUUGAGGUGUCCUGAGCUUCAAGUAGGUGGCUCAAGCUAGAGAAUUUGACAAAAUCUUCUGAGAAGACCCCUAUUCAUUAUCUUCAUUCCCAACUUUUGCCAGAUGGAAUGGAAAAACAACUUUAUUUGGCACAAAGCUUCUAAAGUAGGUAAAUUGUCAGGGGAGAGAGUUAGCGUGCAUGGAGUGAUUGACAAGUUAAGAUGGGGUGAGGGAGGAAACAAAGCAAGAAGCUCCUGAUGUGAUCGAACCUGCAGCUGCCUGCCGAAUGAGGACAUCAAGCCCCAGCACACAGCAUGCCUCCUUUCUCUCCUGACUCUGAGUAGGGAAUGGCCAUGGAGCCUGGCAAGGCCAGAACACAAGCAAAUUUUAGCGGAUCAAUAGAGUCUAGGCUGGGAAUAAAGAAGAAGCAUUUAGUUUGUAGUAAAAGAUGUCUUUGAGAGAGAAAGAUUUUUUUUUCUUUAAUAACAGGAAGAUUUCUUAUUUCAUAUAUCAGGAAGUCUUGAGGCGAGUCGUUUCCAGAAUUGGUGGACCCAGCAGCUCAUGGAAUCAUCAAAAUUCUUUCAAUGUUCUGCUCUGCCAUCUGACCAUUGGGAUGUGGGUGAGACACUCAUGGUCAUAAGGUGGCUGCAGCAUUUCCAGACCCCCCAAAAAGGAUGGCUUUUUAGGAGACGGGUAAAACAAAAAGAUAUGUAUACAGAUAUACUGUGCUUAAAAUAGUAAAUAAUUCACUUAGUAUUUCCCUCUGAGAGAGGGAUGCUUAGAGAAGAGGAAUAAUAAAGUCAGUUGUCCACUUUACCCCGCCUCGUUGGACAAGGAGAUGGAGAGGCUGAGAAACAGGUUCUGUAGGCAGUUUCUGAGAGAUAACUUUACAGAACACAUUGUCUGGGGAUUUGGAUUCAGUCAGAAAGUUACUAAGUUAUUGGGUGUCCUACUGUGAAAGCUGGUUACCCAAACAAGUUAGCUAUCAGUAUGUUCAUUCGUUGGCUCCUAUUUCUGCUUGGAACUGGUAAGAACUAGAAAGUUUCUCAGCACAGUUUCAGACCACUUCACUCAUUUCUUCUCUGUUAACAUCUAGCUCAGCGAUUUGCAACCUUUUUCAUCUCAUGGCACACAAACUAAUUUCUAAAAUUCUGUGUCAUACCAAAAAAAAACUUUUCUUUUGCCGAUCUGACUAAAAAAAAAAAUAGGUAUUUGAUUAAUUUACACCAGGCGGCUAUUCCUGUGUUAGCUGUUGUCAUUUUUUUUUGUUUGGUUGACAAUCUAAGGGAGAAGAGGUCAGUGACCCUGACUAAAUAGGCAGUAAUUGCAGGUUUUAAAAAUUCUUGUGGCACACCAGUUGAAAAUCGCUGAUCUAGCCUAAAGUACAGGACUGCCUAGGGGCAAGGAGAUAGAAGUCUUUUAAUUACCCUGAUUAUCAAUUCCUGGCUCUACCUUAUCUGUCCAUUUUCUCCUACUGGUUCUCUCUAUUCCCUGAUGUUUUCUUUUUUCUCUGGACAGGCAGCCUCCUUUGUGUAUUCAGAGGCAGUGACGGUUAUUGCUGUCCAGGCAGACAGAAUACUCGGGGUCGCUGACCACUGUUUCUCUUCAUAAAGUUGAACUGGCUGCCACUUACGCUUGGCCUCCAGUCUCUCCACCUACACUUCUGUGAUCCCCUGCCACCCUGAUGACUCAAGACAAGGCUGGCAAACCCUGCUAGAAAUAUCUCUGGCUCAGGCACUCUCUCUUAUGAGGCACAGCCAAGCCAAAUGCUUGCAUCAACCCAGUGAGCCAGCCAAGGAGCGAGAGUUUGUUUUCAGUUUCCUCUGUCUGGGUCAGAACCAGGGAGCAUGCUGGAUGGCCCCUUGCUUGCUCAUUCACCCUGCCCAGCUUUAGUCUGUGCUCCCAGCUGAUUGCAGUGCUGAUAAAAGUAGGAGGGAGCCUGGUCUUCACUGGGAAGCACAAGAAAGAGGCAAGUUCCAAAGUGCCUCACUCGAAAGGAGGCCCUGUGUGGUCCCUGGAGCCAGGGACACUGCAAAGCUUUAGCUGAAACUUGGGGUCUGAGAUGCCAUGAACCUCUACCGAACUCUGAACUCUGGGGUCUGAACUCUGUUCAGCAAAUUAACCAGCAUUCCCCGCAAUAGAGCCGAGGGUAGAUGAUAGUAUAGAAGAGGUUUGGGGGGAAAAAAUUGGUAUUUUGAGAACCUUGGACCACUCCUGUCCCUGUACCUCAGUCAUGAGUGCAGAAGCCUGGCUCUUCUCUACCAAGAUUGGAAAAGUGCACUAGCAAAUGCCGUGUCCACUGGUGGAUCCCAGUGGUGGAAGGGAGGAGGGCCUUCCUUCUUGUAUUAACUGGAUGGACAUAACAGGGGUAAGCAUGGACUGAAGGCAUCUUUGUCUUUUGAGCCGUUCCUCUCAGUAGAAAAGAAUCUAAUGGAAGAUCACCGUAGUUUUAAUCUGCUGACCUGUGUACCUACCUACCCCUUGGAAAUGUCUUUUGGAUAGUUUUAAUUCCACAGGUCAUCAAAUGCCUGCUUUAUAAUUUAUGGUCAAAAACAACUUUAUCUUUCCAUUCUAAUUGUGUUCCAUAGAUCUGAUCCACACCAUGACCUUACAUGAGGCUGGAUGGGGUCCUCAGGCCGAGGGCCCGAGUGUGUAUGUGGAUGUGUAGGUUUCAGGAUUCUAAAGCUGAUUCAAAUGAUGCAUUAAUAAUCCAGAAAUCAGAUCUGAUCAGGUCUGAAAUUCUAACAGUCCUUGCUUUGUGGGUGUACUGACAACUUAUUUGGGUGCCUUACAUCUUUUCUAAUCAGCAUUGCGUAUGAGCCUGCUCUCACUCCCUCCUUGCUCCUCUGUGGAGUUCCUUUGCACCUGAGAGCCUGCAGAAGUAGCCAGUAGAAAAGGGGCCUGGCUGGAGAAUGGUCAGUACAGCUAUUUGCAGGAUUCCCUUCUGGGCUUCAUUUUGGAAACCUCUUAGGGCUGUGUUUAUUAAGUGCCCACAUUUGAUGGAAAGUGGAAGUAAUUUGAAUGUAUUUGGUUUAUACUUUUUCUUUUUAGAUUAAAAGAUGGUUGUAGCAUUUGAAAUGAAAACUUUUUCUCCUUGAUUUGCUAGUAUCCUGAGCAUAUUCUCUGUACGUGUAGCUCAAAUGGGUCAGCGUGAAAGGUUAAAGGUUUAAAGAUGUCAAUGUUACCUGGGUGGUUAAGGCCAAGGCCUCUCCUACCACUGUGCCACUGACUUGCUAUGUGACCCUGGGCAAGUCACCUAACUAUAAUGUGCCUCAGUUUUCCUUCUGUUAAAAUGGGGAUAAUAAUACUGACCUACCUCAAAGGGCAGUUUUGAGGUGUGACUAAUGCUUUUUAUAAAGCAUUUUGGGAUUCUUCAGCAGAGGAAUUCCCUUAAGUCCUAAGUAUUUUUAUAGCAGCAGCAGUAUCCACCAUGAAUUUGUGUCCUCCCAGAACAAUGUGUCCCAGAUGCUAUCCAUCUAUCUGGUUCUCUGAGAGAUUAAAUAAAUCCAUUGGAUAAGUGGUGGAUAACUAGCCAGACAAAAUCUGAGGAUGCAUAAACUCAUUGCCAUUGAAACAUAGACAAGAUAGCUUAUCCUUGAUUGGGUGGGAUUUUUUCCUUUUUUAUGUGGGAUAGUAGUUAUUUGUGACCUAAGAAUAACUUUGGAAUAAUUUCUAUUAAUAACUCUGAAUCUAGUUAUAUUAACCUGAGAUUGUGUUUGUUCAUAAUAAAA